AUGAGAAUGUCGAACAAUUCCAAAGUGCAUUCGUUGAUUUUUGAUGGGAUCAGCUCGAUCGCACGAGUCAGAGACUCCACCACACAUUUCAGAAUUCUCUCGGCAAUAACCAACGACAUCUCAGACCCGUCGCCGAGAUCAGGGUCCAAUUGGUCCACUGGUGCCUUGAAGUUUGUAUCUGUUCCAUUUAUAAGCUUUGUUCUGGUGAAUCUACCUCUAAGUGACGACGUCCUCUCCAUGUUUUUAAUGAACUUGGAAAUAGAGGUGAAUUUCUUGGACUUUUUGUAG